UCAACAUGUAGACAUGAACGUUACCAGCGUUACCCAGUAUCAGCUAAACCAGUGUGAAUCGCGGCGUGAGCCAAAACACGAUCCCGGCUUUUAAUCAUGCAGGUUUUUUGUCUGCUCUUCACACUGACGGUUUGCGCUGCGAACUUUUCCCCGCCGCUGGUGAACAUCAGUCUGGACCGGGCUCCGGAGAUCAGAUGGUUGCCGCUUAAAGACCUGUACAGUAAAGAUUUCCUCCAGAAAGCAGCAGCUCAGGUGAUCGAUUCCACAGUUCCAGCAUGGGUUCACCAUGCUAUCAAACCGGUGGUGAGAGCUCUGGAGCGGUUUACCCCACAGCCCUAUGCUGCUGAGAUCAGAGGCAUGGCAGCUUUGUAUGGCGCUGACAUCUCUGACAUCCUCCUGCUCAACUUCGCUUAUGAAGUUUCUGCGUUUUGUACCAGUAUUGUGGCUCAAGACACCAAGGGAACAAUCUAUCAUGGACGAAACUUGGACUAUCCUCAUGAGGUGCUCAAGAAUCUUACGAUUGAUAUUCAGUUCAUCAAAAAUGGAGAGGUGAUUUACAGGGGCACAUCGUUUGCUGGUUAUGUCGGUUUAUGGACUGGGCAAAGUAAAAACAAGUUUACUGUGACUGGGAAUCAGCGGGAUGCAGGCCACUGGUGGUACAAUGUCAUUUCAGCUGUCUUGUUAAAGAAUUCUCCUGUUAGCUGGCUAGUGAGAGAGACCCUUGAGGAGGCCUCAGACUUUCUAAAUGCAGUCACACAGUUGUCUAAUAUACCCAUUAUUAGUAGUGUGUACUACAUUGUGGGCGGUGUUUAUCCAGGAGAGGGUGUAGUCAUCACCAGAGAUAGGAGCGGCCCUGCAGAUAUUUGGCCUUUGGAUACACUUAAUGGAAAUUGGUACCGGGUUGAAACAAACUUUGAUCACUGGCUACCCACACCCAGACCAGACCCAAGAAUAGAAGUGGCUAUGAAUGCAUUGAAUGCUACAGGUCAAAAUAACAUCAAUUUGCAGUCCCUAUAUCAGAUUUUAUCAGUGGUUCCAGUGUGUGCAAGGACAACGGUCUACACGACAGUGAUGAGUGCAGCUGCCCCAGAGAAAUACAGAACCGUGGUUAGAGAGACAUGUGGCAAGUCAUUAGUGAUGAAGGUCAACGGUUUUUAAAAACCUCUUCAAACUUACAGUAGCUUCAAACUAAAAAAAAAACUGCAACAUUUCAACUGAGUUAAUUUUAUUUAAAGAUUUUAUGAGGUAAUAAGGAUGAAGUGGUCAUUGUGCCCACUGGUAACAUGUCACUGAUUGGACAUAUUGUAGAUUUUAUAAUUGUAUUAAGUGUUUAUAAUUGUUAGAAUGUUAAUUUACUUAUAAGUAAAUAACAUUCACAACAUGGUGUCUUAUAUUUGAAAACAGCAAAUGUUUAUUGAGGACACUAACCUUCUCUAUUGGUGCACCUGGUAACCAAGAUAAAUGUAUAAGAAUAAAUGUAUAAUUUACUGAUUUACUUUUGUUUUGUUUCUGUAAGCCUUUUCCCAUCUAGUGUAAUGUUACAAUACAUUAAUUCAAUUGAA